GGGAUUCACUGAGGAGGAGACAUCUCCCUGGGCUUUCCUUACGUGCAGGCAUCCUUGGCAGCACCACACGGAAGCCUUGCAGUCGUUGUGAGUUUCCAUGGUUUCUUAUACUUCAAUAUAAAUUCCAUGAUAUGUGGAUAUAAACACCCACAAAAUGAUGAACGGGAACAGCACUAGUUUUUUAGAAAACCUGGUCCUAGAUGACUCAGACAAAGGAGUCAUCGUUACAGGAAUCAGAGAUGAAUCAAUCGCUACAAAGAGUGGCCUGAAAGCAGGGGAUGAGAUUGUUGCAGCCACUAUCCACCUGGACCACCUCAACAAAGACGAAGUGCUUAGCAUCCUGAAGGUCUUGGAGCCGUAUGAUAACAACAUGAAGGUUCUGACAAAGAAGGACCUGAGUGCAACUGCUGGGCUUGGCUCCUUAGGAUUCGGUCUCAAUGACUCUGCAAAGAUUGCCGACCUAAACAAGGAUUUGUCAUUGGAUGCAUCUGCUCAGGCACCAGUUCUUUCCAUUGAUGGCCUGAGGGGAAAGCUAAAUGCUUCAAAAGGGUUGGAGGGGGGAUUAAGGGGUCCCACUAUGAAUGGAGACCUUCCCAGUCUCAGUCUAAAUAAGCCUUCAGCUGAUGCUAGCACCAAGUUCACAAUGCCCUCUCUAGGACUGACUGGACCAAAUGUAACCGGAGAUCUAGAUGGCACCCUCAAAGCACCCAAUGUCAGUGUCUCGACCCUCAACGUUGAUGUUACGAAACCAGAAAUCAAGACAGGCAACUUACAGUACAAUUCCCCCAAAUUCUCAAUGCCCCAUUUCGAUCUACCUCAGCUCAGUCCACCACAUGCAAAUGUAGGUGCGUCUGGAGACAUAGAUGUACCUGCCUUUGGAACACCAGACCCAAAGUUAAAUCUUAAAAGUCGAGAUAUGGAUUUGGAUGGUCCAAAAUUGAAUCUGAAUGGGCUAGAUGUAAAUUUAGGAAAAACCGACAUUGAGCCACCCUCAGGAAAAAUUAAAUGGCCGCAUCAAAAAUGGAAAGGUGCCAAGGUCAAAGGGCUAGAUGGUAACUUAAAUGCUGACUUGUCUGCACCUGGUGUCAACCUCUCCACACCAAAGUUUGAUGGGAAUCUGGAAGCACCAGAUGUUGAUAUUAACUUACCCAAAGCUGAGAUGGAAGCCCCUGAGGUAGGUGCUCAGAUCCCAAAUAUUGACAUUGAUGCCCCAUCUGGUAAAAUCAACUGGCCUCACAAGAAGUGGAAGAAACCAAAUUUCCAUGGCUCAAAUGCUGAUCUGGACCUAGAUGCAAACCUGAACACACCAGAUGUUGAUCUCUCUCUCCCAAAAGUGGGAGGUGGGGUAGAUACCCCAGAUGUUGACCUUAAUUUGACAAAGGCAGACCUUGAAGUCCCUAAUUUAGAUGCAGAUGCAUCUAUUGGUAAAAUCAACUGGCCUCAUCUGAAAUGGAAGAAACCCAAAGUUCAAGGCCCAAAAGCAGACUUAGACAUAGAUGCCGACCUAAACACACCUGAUGUACAACUCUCAUCUCCAAACAUUACUGUACCAAAUGCUGAGCUGAAUGUCCCAGACAUUAAUGCACCAGAUGUUGACUUUGAUGCUCCAUCAGGGAAAAUCAACUGGCCUCACAAGAAGUGGAAAAAACCCAAAUUUCAUGGCCCCAAAGCUGACCUGGACCUUAAUGCAGAUCUGAACACUCCAGAUGUCGGUCUGUCAGUUCCAAAUUUUGAGAGUGACAUCAGUACACCAGAUAUUGAUCUGAAUUUACCCAAAGCAGAUGUCAACAUUGACCAGCCCUCUGGCAAAGUCAAGUUCCCAACACUCAAAAAGCCCAAGUUCAUGCUUUCUGGACCAAAGGUUAAAUCACCAGAUGUUGACAUUCAUGCUGAUACACCUGGCCUCAAUCUCGAUCCUGAUAUUGAUUUGAAUUUACCCAAUGUUAAAGCACCAGACGCAAACAUUGAAGCUCCAUCUGGGAAGAUCAAGUGGCCCACUCUUAAGAAACCCAAAUUUGGCACACUAAAGGGUCCAAAGGCUGAUCUUAACACAGAUUUGAGUGCACCAGAUGUUAAUCUUUCUGGACCGAACAUCAAGGGUGGGCUAGAUACUCCGGAUCUAGAUUUUAGCCUGCCUAAUGCUGAUGUCAAAGGUCUGGAUGUGGAUCUUAAUGGUCCAGAUCUUGACACACCUGAUGGAAAACUGAAGUUUCCAACAUUUAAAUUGCCAAAAUUUAAAGGGCUAAAUGCCAAGGGUCCUGAGUUGGAUACGGAUUUAAAUGUACCGGUCAUUGAGGCACAGGAUCUCUCUUUGUCUGCACCAAAAAUUGAAGGGGGUAUUGAUACACUAGAUUGUGACAUUAGUUUACCAAAAGCUGAUCUCAAAAGUCCUAAUGUAGACCUUCAAGCUCCAGAUAUUGAUGCCUCAGCUGGAAAAAUCAAGAUGCCAAAAAUAAAAUUUCCAACAUUUGGCUUAUCUGGGCCAAAGGUUAAAGGACCUAACAUUGAUGUGGAUACUGACCUCAGAAGUCCAGAUCUGGGUUUGUCUCUUCCUGAUGUAGAUGCUAAGCUACCUAAAGCAGAUCUAACGGCCCCAGACUUGAAUCUUGAAGCCCCCAAAAUCAAAGGUGGCAUAGCUGCCCCAGAUUGGAACCUGAAAGCACCAGAUGUAGACGUUAAAACACCAGAUGUUGACAUUGAUGCUCCUGGAAAAUUUAAAAUGCCUUCAUUCAGCCUUCCAAAAUGGAAUAUCGGAGGAUCAAAGGCUCAAUUACCUGAUGCAGAGCUUACGACUCCAGGUGUCUCUGUUCCUGAUGUAGAUGUUAAUUUGCCAUCAGCUGAUGUCAAAACACCAAUGUGGAAUCUUUCUGCCCCCACAAUUAAAGGAGAUCUGGAUGCUGAUCUUAAGACAGAUUUACCAGAUUUAAAGCUUUCUACUCCGAACAUUAAUGCAAAGGGGGACCUCGGUUUGCCCAAAGCUGGACUGAAAGUACCAGAUCUCAGCCGUUCUUCACCAAACAUUGAUGGAAAUUUCUCAGCACCAAACAUAGACACCAAGUUACCAAAAGCGCAACUGGAUGCACCCGAUGUGAAUAUCAAUGGGCCUGAUGCAAAGCUCAAUAAACCAGCUUUUAAUUCUCCUUUGGGUGACCUUAAAUUGCCUUUCAAGAUUCCAAAAUUUGGCCUUUCAAAAUCUGAAGUAGAAGUUCCUAGUGUUCAUCCUUCAGCUGAGGCUGGGAUGGACGCACCCAAGGUGAACAUAGGCAAUAUUACAGCGGAUGCCAACAUGUCUGCUCUAAAGUUAGACACAAGCCUUAACACCGAAACUGAUGGGUCAGGUGAUGAGAUGGAGAUUCCUGCAUUCCGAUCCCACAGACUACCGAGACACGGCAUUGACGGCAGUGAAUCCAAUGAUAUAUUUGGCUUAUCAAAACCUGUCACAGAUGAAAAGGAUUAUGUUUUCAGCAAAGGGAUCCGCUUGCCAAUAUUAAAUGCAAAAUCUGCAGGGGGAGAGAAGAUUGACAUUAUGGAGAGAUUGAAGAUGGCAAUGCAAAAAGGACCCUCUCCUAAUGUCACACCAACUGAAGUGAAAACAGAUAUUGAUCUGAAGCUUGCCGCCCCAAGUCUUGAUGCCAGUGCAUCUACAGAAGCAGAGGAUUCCUUCCUAGUUAGAGGAGGUACAUUUAAAGUAGAUAAGCUCGAGUCUGCACUGGGCUUAGCGGGCCCUGAAAUUUUGAAAUCAGAUGAAAAUGACAAAAUGUCAUUGAGCCUCUCCAAUAUGCUCGGCCUUAAUGUCAAGGUUUAAGAUGCUGACUAAUUCCUGCUGCAUUAACCUGAUACAUAAAGCUUCAGUUUGGUAACCUUGUAAAUACAUACAAAUAAAUAACUUUAACUCACUCUUACCACAGUUUUCACCAGAUAAAGCCGGCUCCAGUAUCUCUCUUGAGUAACAAAUGCCUGGUUGCCAAAGGAUGGAGCUUGUUUUUAUAAACUAUGUGUAUAUUCCUGUUAUUUAUAUGAGCUUUGUUUUCUAAACAUUUUUGAUUUGGAAAUAUGUUACAUAUUAUUAUUCAAUAUCUCCCUCAGAAUUGCAUGUGAUCAAAUUUAGCUGUUAAAGCUUUUGAGAAUUGCAUGACUUAACCAUAACAUUUUAAAAGCUGAGUCAAUUGUGUGAGUGUAAGUAACUGUUGAUUUUUUGUUCAUUAAAUAACUCAAAAUAUGAA